GCAGGAUAAGAACACCAUGCAUGGCCAUGCAGAUUUUAUGCAAAAUAGCUCCAACUGGGAUUUGAAUCCAGGAACAGAUUUUGCAAGGCAAAAGUUCUAACAAAGGGUCUGCUGUGUACAAGGAAACAUUGCCUCUAAAGUUGUGAAACUGCUAGGAUGAUUCAGUGCAUUACAGAAACCUCAGGUGAAAGGAGCUGAGGCAAGAAAAAUAAAAUAGACUAUUCAAAAGUAAGACAUCAUAAGUUUACAGCUGUGUACCCAGUAAAGCAAAAGUAUGAACAACAAAAUGACUGCUUCUGCUUCCCAGGAACCAGAAAUCAGGAUGGUUCUUAUCGGAAAAACUGGAACUGGAAAGAGUGCAACAGGAAACACCAUAUUAGGGGAAAACCUCUUUAAAUCUAAACCCUCUAUGUCAUCAGUAACACUCACGUGUCAGAAGAAAGACUGUUGUUUUGUUGGUCAGAAGCUGGCUGUGAUUGACACUCCAGGUCUGUUUGACACAAAAGUAACAAACAGAGAAACACUGAGAGAGAUCGCAAAAUGCAUCAGCAUGGCUGCUCCUGGACCUCAUGUGUUCCUGGUUAUUCUCCAGCUGAACCGAUUUACAGAAGAGGAACAGAUGGCAGUGACAUUAAUCCAGACAUGGUUUGGAGAAGAAGCUUCCAAAUACACCAUGGUUUUAUUCACUCAUGGAGACCUGCUGAGUGAGAUGAGAGGAAGAGAAGCAAUGGGGAGUUUAAUCAAGGAGAAUAAAGCUCUCUCUGACCUUAUGGAACAGUGCCAGGGACGACACCAUGUUUUUGACAAUAAAGACAGGCAUCCACAUCAAGUCAGAGAGCUGCUGGAGAAGAUUAACCAGAUGUUAACAGAAAAUGGAGGAAGCUACUACACCAAUGAAAUGUUCAAAGAGGCAGAGAAAGCCAACAGAGAAGAAAUGAAAAGACUUCUGAAAGAACAUCCAGAAAUGAGCCCUAAAGAUGCAAGAGAAAAAGCAGAGAAAGACAAUUCAUUCAUUCGGGAUUUUCUUGCAGGAGUUGCUGCUGGAGCUGCUGCUGGAGCUGCUGAAUCAAAGCAAGAAGGGGACCUCAGAGUGGUGCUGGUGGGUCAGGAGAAAGUUGGGAAGAGCUCAGCAGGAAACACCAUCCUGGGAAAAAGGGCAUUUGACUGUCAUGUCAGCUCCAUCCCUGUGACUCUGAGCAACCAAAGGAUGGAAGGAGAAGUUCUGGGCCGUACAGUCUCUGUGGUGGACACCGCAGGGCUCUGCAGCUCCCGUCUUUCUGCAGAGAAGAUCAAAGAAGAGCUGGAGGAAGCUAUCAAGCAGAGCUCUCCUGGUCCUCAUGUUUUCCUCCUUGCUCUCCAGUUAGGAAGGUUCAGCAAACAGGAGCAGGAAGGGCCAAAGAUCCUGCAGAAGAUUCUGGGUCCUGAGGUCCUCAAACACACCAUGAUCCUGUUCACCUACGGAGAUCGACUGAAAGACACUGAUAUAAACUUGGAUCAGUUAGUUAGAGAGGAUCAGAACCUGCAGAAGCUGCUGAAAAGCUGCAGUGGGAUUUACCACGUUUUUAACAACAAUGAGAUGGAAAACAGGAAGCAGGUCCAGGAUCUGCUGGAUAAAAUAGAUCAGGUCUCAAGUGGAGGUAGAAAAUAUUAUGAGAAAGGUUCUCAGUCUGAUGGACGGUUGUUUGGAAAUAUUUGCUCAUUUCUCCAUAAAUCCACCUGCAGCAUUUUUUUUUCUGUCACAAGGUUUUUUGGUAAAAUGUGCAGAUAUCUUCAAAUAAUACCUCACUAUAAACAUCUUUUGUUUUUCACUAUUUCAUUGGGAAUUCUUUACAAGUUAGGAUACGCAGAUCUGAUCCUCAUGAAUCACUUUAUAGGUGAUAGUGGAAACAAACUGGUUUGUUGGAUAACAAUGAAACAACCAAUAAUGCUACAUGGUAACCUCAUCAAUUUUACAAGAUAUGAAUACUUAUUUGUUACUGUACCUUGCUCUGUUACUUUCUCCCUUUUUGUCAAAAAACAUUUUAUUUUCAUGCCGUUCUUCUUUUCUAAUAAUCAGAGACGUUCAUCAGCGGGACUGGGAUCAGCGUUUUAUAUAAGAACAGAGAUGGGAGUCAAGCUGGUCACCACCAACACCUUAACAAUCGGAGCACCUCCUCCUGCUGCCAGGAAUAUGCCCAAAAGAAAAGGCUCAGCCACAAACAAGGAACAGGCCCAAAGCAGAAAAAGAGCCCAGAAAUCAAAAGGUUCAGGCAGGAACUCAGGACCAGACAGCAGCCCAGAAAGGAUCCAGAGACUUUUAGCUCCGGAAGAAGAGAAAAUCACUGUAUUGCUUGUUGGUAUGACUCGAAGUGGCAAGAGCUCAGUGGGAAACCAGAUCUUAGGAGGAAUUUUUUUUGUACCAGGAAUUGAAACUUUGCAUUGUAUGAAAGGAACUCGUGUCCUAGACACUGGAGAUAAUUUGGCAAUAAUUGAUACUCCAGGUCUGUUUCACAACGGAUUAACACCUCGUGAAAUGAAGAGAGAGUUGGUCAGAUGUGUCUCCCUCUGUGCUCCUGGUCCUCAUGUGUUCCUGAUUGUGAUCAACCCAGAUCAGUGCAGACCACCAGAGGAACACAUUGUGAGAAUCAUCCAGACUCUGUCUGGAGGUGGAGCAGCCAGUCACACUAUGGUCUUGUUCACUUAUGGGGACAUAGAAAACAUCAGGAGAGAGCAAGUUCUCCUUAACCUCAUUCAAGAUUGUGAAGCAGGUUACUACGUUUUGAAUAAUAAUGUUAAUGGUCUAAUAACCAGAUUUCAAGAAAUUAAAAACAACAGAGGCUACUAUAGUAAUUCCAUGUUUCAGCUCGCAGAACGAGCAAUAAAUGCCGAAAUGAGAGGAACAAACCCUGAUCAGAGAGCUGAGGAUGAGCGGCGCCAGGGGGAGACAAAUAACACCUACAUUCGGGCUGUUGAUGCAGUGGCUGAUCUUGAUGAGGAGGAAGGUACUGCCCUCAUAGCUGAGGUCGGACCUUUACUGGCAAGAGCUGAAAUAGGAAGGCGGCAAGGGUGCAUUACACAGUAAUAACUAAUUACUCAGCAGCGGAAACCUUGAAAAGAAAUCUGUGUGUGAACUUAAUUUCCUGAAAAUGUUAUUUCAUAUUGUUCUUCAGGUUAGAAUAGAGUAAGUCAACUUUCCUUUAGUAAUUAGUAGCUUAUGUAAGCAAAGGAGUAUGAAGAGGUAUUGUUUGAUGUUUUUCUGAAAUAUAUAUUGAACUUCAGAGAACCUUAAUAUUAAGUCUGCUGUAAA